AUGCCUACUCUCGAUACCUCCAACUUCAACAUUGUAUGUGCCGUACUUGGCGGAUUCAUUACUUUGUUUGGAUUGGUAUCUUAUUUAUUCAAGGAGAAGUUUUAUCUUUCUGAAGCACUAAUAUCCCUCGUCUUUGGCGUCGCCAUGUCACCACAUGCAGCAAACUUCGUCAGACCCCUCGAUUACGCCGGAUCCAUCGAAAACCUCAAUACCAUUACCCUCUAUUUCUCCCGUCUAGUGCUCGGCGUACAACUUGUUCUCGCCGGUGUCCAAUUACCCUCCCGCUACCUGGCAUUAGAAUGGAAAGCCCUCGCGCUCCUCCUCGGUCCCAUUAUGACUACAAUGUGGCUUGUGAGCUCGCUCAUCGUCUGGGCAAUGGUUCCUAACUUUCCUUUUCUCCAUGCCCUGGCCAUUGGAGCAUGUGUGGCGCCUACCGAUCCGGUACUGAGUAAUAGUAUUGUGAAGGGAAAGUUCGCGGACAAGAAUAUCCCGAAGGAGUUGCAGAAGAUUAUUGUGGCGGAGAGUGGGGCGAAUGAUGGGUUGGGAUACCCGUAUUUGUUUCUGGCAUUGUUUUUGGUUAAGUAUACAGGGGAAGGUGGAGCUGGUCAAAGUGGAGGUGCCUCUAAAGCUAUUGGUCUCUGGUUUGGAGAGACAUGGGCUUAUACCAUCAUCCUUAGUAUCAUCUACGGAGCUUCCGUAGGCUGGAUAGCCAAGGAACUCCUUCACUGGGCCGAAGAAAAGAAAUUCGUCGACCGAGAAAGUUUCCUCGUAUUCGCCAUCACUUUGGCCUUGUUCAUCGUGGGCACUUGUGGUAUGAUUGGUAGUGAUGAUGUUUUAGCAUGUUUUAUUGCUGGAAAUGUCUUUACUUGGGAUGAUUGGUUUCGUCUUGAGACAUUAGAUGAUUCUCUUCAACCUACUAUUGAUAUGUUGCUAAAUCUAAGCGUUUUCAUAUGGUUUGGGGCUAUUUGUCCCUGGGCUUCGUUUGCUAAUAAUAGUGUCAUUCCGAUUUAUCGCUUGAUAUUUUUGGGUAUUUUGAUACUACUCUUUAGACGUCUACCAAUUGUCUUCACACUACAUAAAUUUAUACAUCAAAUCGAUGAGAAACGUCAAGCUAUUUUCGUCGGAUUCUUUGGACCAAUCGGAGUCAGCGCCAUCUUCUAUCUCUACAUCUCUCUCGAAUUCCUCGCAACCAUCACAGUAGACGGUGUGCAACGCGAAGAUGCAGCACGUCUAGCCGAAGUUAUGACGGUUGUCGUAUGGUUCUUGACCAUCUGUAGUAUUGUAGUCCAUGGACUUUCGAUCCCAUUGGGAAAACUAGGCUUCUUCCUCCCGAGGACAAUCGGUAGGGCAUUCACGAGUCAAACCAAUAGCCAGACGGCGUUCGCUAUCGGGGCAAGAGUUUAUCAUUCGAGUGCGGGGGUCUUGAGGGAGAGGAGAAGAAACGUUAGCGCGGAUAGGAGUGCUAGUGGAACGGCCACGGCAAAUGAAAGUGGGAGUGUGAGUAGGGGUGGAAGUACUGGACCGGCUUUGAGUUCGGGAACGAGCUCGAGACCGAUCUUUAGAAUUGGGGGGAGUGUGAUUCGGUCGGGGGUUUUGGGGAGUGGAGCGGGUAGUGGAACAGGGAGCUCAGAUGCGAGUCCGAAUAUUACUCCGAUGGAUGGGGUGGUGGAAGGGAGGACGAUUAGGUUUCCGGAUGAGGAGGCGCACGUGGUGGGGACGGGGAGGGAGUCGGAGGUUUAG